AUGGCAACGGAUGAUAAAUUCCAAGAUGCAGCUGCUGGAGAAUCCUGCAGAGUUAGUGUGCGACCUCCGCCUUUUUGGCCUGAGGAACCAGGUUUAUGGUUUGCCCAAAUGGAAGGCCAGUUUAUUUUAUCAAAUGUGACGUCUGAUACAACAAAAUUCUACCACGUUAUUGCACAACUUGACCAACGGUAUGCAACAGAGGUAAAGGAUAUUAUUACUUCACCGUCGUCAACAAACAAGUAUGAAAAGUUAAAAACGGAACUUAUUAAGCGUCUUUCUGCGUCCCAGGAGCGUAAGGUUAAACAACUUCUCAUGCACGAGGAGUUGGGCGAUCGAAAGCCAUCUCAGUUUCUAAGACACUUACAACAUCUUGCCGGACCCGCAGUUCCUAAUGAUUUUUUGAAAACCCUGUGGUCAAGCCGUUUACCAGGAAAUUUACAAACAAUAAUAGCAUCACAGUCUGAUUUGCCAUUAGAUAAGUUGGCAGAUUUGGCAGAUAAGGUCCACGAGAUUGCGCCAACCACACUAGGACAAGUCGCCAGCACUUCAUCUUCGGGUAUUACUACUUCUUCCUUCGAAGCAAUGGUUCAACAGAUAAGUGAAUUGACUAAGCAAGUAGCGAAACUUACUACAACACAGGUAAAUAAGUAUCCCCGAUAUCGCUCAAGAUCUCGAUCUAAAUCUAGGGUCAAAGGUAAGCGCAAUUAUUCUAAAACGCGACCACCACAGACACCUCCAAAUCAUCCUCACUGCUGGUAUCAUUUUACAUAUGGUACGCGUGCCAGAAAAUGCUUAGCACCUUCUAUUAAGACGCCGUGUACCCCUACAAAGUACAGUUUGAUUGCUGCGAAUGGUACAGUCAUAAAUACUUAUGGAGUUAUACAGCUACAGCUGGACCUUGGACUCAGACGUACUUUUACAUGGAAUUUCACUAUUGCCAAUAUUACGAAACCCAUUAUAGGAGUGGAUUUCUUAAGUUUUUAUAAUCUGCUUGUAGAUUGCCGGAGUCAGCGACUAAUAGAUGGCACAACUACCCUUUGCGUAUCCGCACAACGCCAGAGAGUCCCAGAGGAUGUCAUCUCAAUCAAAACCAUCUCUGGUGACAACGAGUUUCAACAGCUGUUACAUAACUUCCCGGAGAUCACCCGACCUGCAGGUACUGUAACUACACCUAAGCAUAAUACAAAACACUUUAUAAGAACUAUACCGGGACCGCCAGUAACCUGUAGGCCUCGGCGUUUAGACCCAGUACGCAUGAAAAUUGCUCGAAAAGAGUUUGAAAAUAUGUUGGCACAAGGCAUUGUAAGGCGUUCUGAGAGUCCUUGGUCAUCAGCUUUACAUCUUGUAAAGAAAAAAGAUGACGGAUGGAGGCCGUGCGGGGACUACAGAUCACUUAAUGCAAGGACUAUCCCUGACAGAUAUCCCAUUCAUCACAUACAAGAUUUUUCUUACCAACUUUCUGGAUCCACUAUAUUUUCUAAGAUUGAUUUAGUGAAGGCAUACAACCAAAUUCCUGUAAAUCCUUCGGAUAUACCAAAGACUGCCAUAACUACACCAUUCGGGCUUUAUGAAUACCCUUUCAUGAAUUAUGGUUUGCGAAACGCAGCGCAAACUUCUCUCUGGUCUUGA